AUGGAAGUCCUUCAGCAGCCCGUUCUCCAUGUGGAAGCCCGGGUCAAGAGCAACAGAGACGGCAUCAUUGUCCGGACAGAUCUGAUCAAAGAUGAGAUCACACAGUGGUUGAUUGAGAAUUUUGUUGUCCUAUCUCUGGGACAAGAGAUAAAAUCCUUCGAGGGUCUGAAGGAGCCAUAUGCACAGGCUCUAGAGUCGAUACUCGUCACCGAGUGUACCGACGGCGAUCUCGAGUCCGGCGCAUACCGUCUUCAACACGUCGAACUAGACGUCCAAGCCUAUCAACUUCGCACACAACUUGACCAAGAGAGCCACCAACAUACCCUGCACGCGGAGGACACGGUGGAUAAUGUGGAGGAUUCUGGAAGGACCAAAGUUGUGAUAUUACCAAGCACGGAAUUGGAUGGGCUUUGGGAGUCGUAUAGUGAUCCUCUUUUUCUGAAGCACGGGCAAAGAACUCAUGAAAUGAGCAGUCUGCAGUACGAUCAGCCUCUGCAAUCAACACUACUCCGCGCCAUAAGUCGAAUGGUGUCUUUCUCUGCUCGGAAGCUUGAUAAAUGGACCAUCAACUGGAAUAGAUUGAUCCUCCUUUGGGGUCCUCCGGGAACAGGGAAAACGAGCCUGUGCCGUGGCCUCUCCCAAAAGCUUGCUAUACGUCUCGGAAAGCAUUACCCACAGAGUAAGCUAGUUGAGAUCAACGCUCACUCCCUCGGAAGCAAAUUUUUCGGCGAAAGUGGCAAGUUGGUCAGCAAAGCCUUCGAGAACAUAGAGCUACUGCUUGAGGAGGAAGAAGACACUUUCGUCUGCGUGUUUGUAGACGAGAUCGAGACGCUGGCAGCUCGAAGGGAACGCGCUCUGAGUGGCAAAGAGCCCUUUGAUGCUGUUCGAGCAGUCAAUGCCUUGCUCACAGGACUUGACCGGCUGAAGCAGCAUCACAAUGUUGUCGUAAUCUGCACGAGCAAUCUGGUUACAGCCUUGGACCAGGCCUUCCUCGACCGCGUCGACAUCAAACAGUUCGUACCUCAUUUAUCCGACAGAACUAUUUAUGGGAUCUACAAAGAUUGCCUGGAAGAACUAGGCCGGCGAGGCAUUAUCGAGGGCGCCUCGUUUGACGUUGUUCAAGUCAAUCCGGAAGAUCCACAGACCGCAUUGCAGUAUGUGGAGCAGCCUGCAGAAUCCCUGAUGCUACCAAUGUUUGAAGAAAUGCUUCUCAACUAUCAGAUCUUCCCGAACGCCAUACCCAAGCAGCUUGCGGACGCCGCUUCCGCCAGUGUGGGACUGAGCGGUCGUACGAUAAGAAGAUUGCCCGCUCUAUCUUUGGUGCUUCACUGCAGCAGCACCCGAUGUGACAUUCGAGCCGCGCUUCAAGCACUGCAAAAGUGCAUAGCUUCGGAGAUCCAGGCCAAGGCUGAGGCCAUGUGA